AGGUAAUGUCUGUACACAAAUUGCAAGCUAGUCCCUAGUGGGGACACCGUGGGAGGAUGAACACAGAGGAGCUGGAGCUACUGACUGAUUCCAAGUACAGAAACUAUGUAGCAGCUGUUGACAAAGCGCUGAAGAACUUUGAAUAUUCCAGUGAAUGGGCAGAUUUAAUAUCAGCACUUGGAAAGCUAAACAAGGUACUACAGAACAAUGCAAAAUACCAGGUAGUACCGAAAAAGCUCACGAUAGGUAAGCGCUUAGCACAAUGUCUCCAUCCAGCAUUGCCAGGAGGGGUUCAUCGGAAGGCACUUGAAACAUACGAGAUCAUUUUCAAAAUCAUUGGACCCAAGCGUUUGGCCAAAGAUCUUUUCCUCUACAGUUCCGGACUAUUUCCACUCCUUGCCAAUGCCGCUAUGUCAGUCAAGCCAACAUUGUUGAGUCUGUAUGAGAUUUAUUACCUCCCUUUGGGGAAGACGUUGAAACCAGGACUGCAAGGACUGUUAACUGGAAUUCUGCCUGGAUUAGAGGAGGGGUCAGAGUAUUAUGAAAGGACGAACACGCUGUUGGAGAAGGUUGCCUCGGCUGUGGAUCAGUCGGCAUUCUACAGUGCUCUCUGGGGCAGCCUCCUCACAAGCCCUGCGGUUCGCUUGCCUGGCAUCACCUAUGUCCUCUCCCAUCUGAACAGGAAGCUUUCCAUGGAGGAUCAACUCUACAUAAUCGGCAGCGACAUUGAAUUAAUGGUGGAAGCAGUAAGCACGUCAGUGCAAGACACCAGUGUUUUAGUACAGAGGAGCACGUUGGACCUUAUCCUUUUUUGUUUUCCUUUCCAUAUGAGCCAGGCAACACGUCCAGACAUGAUCAGAAUUUUGUCAGCUGCCCUUCAUGUCGUACUGCGCAGGGAUAUGUCACUCAACCGAAGACUUUAUGCGUGGCUUCUAGGUUUGGAUAACCACGGUGCCCAUCUAGGACCCAGAAGUACAAGGCACAGCAAUCCCGACGAGCAUGCCACUUACUACUUCAACACCUUCUCUAAGGACAUGUUAGUUCAGGCAAUGAUUGGUAUAUUACAAGUUAAUGGGCAUGGAGAAGAAAGCACAUUAAUGCAAGACUUGAAGCCUUUUCGAAUUCUGAUCAGUUUGCUGGAUAAGCCCGAACUAGGCCCUGCCAUCCUCGAGCACGUAUUGAUUGAAGUGUUUCGAACAUUAUAUACACAGUGCAAAGCAGAACUGGAGCUUCAGGCAGAACCUUCUUUCAACAAAGAUCACACACAGCUAAGCAGCAAACUGAGAGAAAACAAGAAAACAGCAGAAUUGAUUAAAACUGCCAAUCUUCUCUUUAAUUCCUUUGACCCUUAUUAUAUGUGGGAUUACAUUGCUCGUUGGUUUGAAGAAUGUUGUAGGAGGACAUUACAUGCCAGACUUCAGACUGGGCCUGGAGAUGGCAGUGAGCAAUCUGAGUUACCCCUGAGAAAUUUCUGCUUGUUAGUGGAUUUUUUGUUGGAUAUAGUUUCUUUGCCUACUAGAAGUAUGAGAGUGCUGUGUCAGGAGACUCACAUUGAAAUACAGACGGAACACUUGCCUCAACUGUUGCUGAGGAUGAUUUCUGCAUUGACAAGUCAUCUUCAGACUUUGCACUUGUCUGAGCUUACUGACUCUCUCAGACUCUGCUCAAAGAUCCUUAGUAAGGUUCAACCUCCAUUGCUGUCUGCUGGGACAGAUGGUAUCCUGCAGCUUCCCACUGGACACAGCAGCUCCAUCAAAGAAUGGGAAACUAAAAAGGUGCCGUCGGUUUCACUUGAAAAUCCUAAUGAAGUCUUCGAAGAUGGUGAAAAUCCUCCAAGCAGUCGAUCGUCAGAAAGCGGCUUCACGGAGUUUGUGCAGUACCAGGCAGAUACGACGGAUGACAUCGACCGAGCGCUGAACGAAGGUCCCAGUGCCGCUGGCAUCCCUAUAGUUGGUAGCACGUCCUCAGAGACUGAGACGGCAUCGACUGUGGGAUCCGAGGAAACCAUUGUACAACCUCCUUCCGUAACGACACAGGGCACGGCACCUCGAAGUGGGAGAACGAUCCAGAAGACUGCAAUGCAGUGCUGUUUGGAGUACGUCCAGCAGUUUUUAACCAGAUUUAUCAACCUGUAUAUCAUUCAGGGUUCCUUGCCUCAGCCCUUAGGGGCAGAGCUUCUGGCAGACCCCACUAGAGAGCAAGGACAGACCACAAAAUGGGACAGAGAAUCACAUGGUGACGCUAAGGUGAAGAAAACAAACAAGAAAAAAACACCAAAAGAAUACCUUCCUGCCUUUAUUGCUGCUUGUCAGCUGUACCUUGAAUGUUCGAGCUUUCCCGUUUACAUUGCUGAAGGAAACCGUACUUCGGAAUUACAUCCUGGGAAGCCUGAAGUUGACUGUGAACAAGUACAGCCUCCGCUGUGGCUGCAGACUUUAAUGAAUGCUUGCAAGCAAGCAGGCGAUUUCAGUGUUCAGGGUGUUUCUAUUUCCCUUGUGAUGGACUUGGUUGGGUUGACUCAAUCUGUCGCUCUCGUCACUGGAGAAAAUCUGAACAGUGUGGAAACGAAUCAGCCUCUUAGCCCAAACCAGGGAAGAGUGGCUGUGGUCAUCAGACCUCCUCUUACUCAAGGCAAUCUGAGAUAUAUGGCUGAGAAGACAGAUUUCUUCAAGCAUAUAGCUUUAACGCUUUGGGACCAGCUGGGUGAUGGAACUCCUCAGCAUCAUCAGAAGAGUGUGGAGCUCUUCUACCAGCUGCACAACCUCGUUCCAUCUUCUAGCAUUUGCGAAGAUGUUAUUAGUCAGCAGCUGACUCACAGAGACAAG